UAAAUAUGGGUCCCAUCUUGGAUCGCCAUCCCUGGCCCCCAUGGUGGUUGAGGUGCUCUCUGGUGACUUGGGGGUCGCGGCCUCCCGCUCCCCGACGGCUCCUGGUGGAGUGGAAGCUGGCUGUGUGCUCAUCCACGACUCUGCCCCAACCCCUCCCUCCGGGUGUCGCGGCUUGGGUGGCUCGGGCAGACCUCCCAAGAAGACGGCGGGCCGGAAGCCGGCUGCUAAGGCGAGUGCGGUGAUGGAGUCGGAGCAGAUUCGGGGUGAUCUAGGAGCGGCGCUGGCGUCGGUGGGUGCGGGUGCUAAGGCCAAGCGGUCCAAGGCGACUCCGGUGCCGCAGCGUGCCCCAAGCGCGAGGUCCAAGGCGACUCCGGUGCCGCAGCAUGCCCUAAGCGCGAGGUCCAAGGCCAAGCUGGGAGAUCUAUCCUCUCUAGAGAGCGCCAAGCUUCGUACUGCUGACAAGAACCUGGAGGUUUCAGACUUGGACACCGUUGGGGAAACCGCGUGAUGAAGAGCGCAUGACCAAGACGAUGGCAAAGAUCCGCUACAUCCAGACGGAAGCACGCCAAGUAGCAGACCAAGAGUGAUAUAUUUGCAUCUCCUUUCCUCGACACCUUUUGCUCGUCGUUGUAGUUAGAACUUUCGUUAUGCCAGCCUGCGUGCUAAUGAUCUGCCAGCCUGCGUGCUGAUGUUGGUGAACCUCCUUUCUUUUGGUCGUUCUGAUGGCCUUGUUUGAUGAUGACCAUUGAACUAUGUGGUUACCGCCUGUUGGCUUUAUUAAUUUAAAGUCGGACGCCUUUGGCGUCUACGUUCCAAAAAAA